UCCAAAGCAGGUAAAUGUUUUGCCUGUCGAUGUGUAUUGAACUCGCAGAUUCCAUUAAACGCUCCUCACACCUCCGGCGUCUGAAGUUGCUGGAAGGUCGCGGCAGUGCCAGCCGCCGCUGAUGGCUGCGCCAUUCACACCUCCACCUUUGAUCCUGGACUAUUUAACCUGGUGGCAGCGCCGGGGAUGGAUCACUCGCUGCUCACUCGCUCUCCGGGACUUACACCAACAUGUCUGCGGUCCAUGGGAAUCUUCCAGUCGGGGAUCUGAACCACUUCCAACUCUUCCACGAGGGACCCGCACAGAUGAGCAACAUGGCGACCGCAGAUUUCCGAGCUGCGGAGGUGGCCAACUACUUCAGCUCCAACUCGGUGCCGAGUGUGGACAAGUGCGUGGCGAUCCUGACGCACCGGAGGAAGCGGACCAACUUCACCCAGCAGCAGAUCGAAGUUCUGGAGAAGGUUUACUCGGACACCAAGUAUCCGGACAUCUACCUGAGGGAGCGGCUGGAGGCUCUGACCGGCCUGCCCGAGUCCAGAAUCCAGGUCUGGUUCCAGAACAGAAGGGCCAAGUCUCGUCGGCAGGUUGGAUCAUCCGUGUCCCUGAAGGUCUCUGGGUCACAGUCUGCCUCCUUCAAUCCUCUCCAGAGCAGGAUGGGCCCAGAGAAAGCAGUCUACGACAAGAGCCAUGCUCCAGAGCCCCACCAGAUCGGAGGUUUUGGACGUGAAGACGGUUUCAGAGCGCCAGCACUUCCGAGCGCAGACGAUCACCACAGGACCGGCGUGGCGGCCAAAGCCACCAGCUUCGCUCCCGUCUCCUGCCUGUACGACAAAGACAUGAAGCCCGAGCAGAUCCAGUGCCGGGAGCUCAGCGUCAACGUCCCCUGCUGCAACGUCCACCUCUACCCGAGGCAGAACGAGCCUCACCCAAAGGUCCAGGCCAACGUGAGUGCUGGGAACCAGAGCUCAAAGGUUCUGGUGGAGUACGACAACUUCCCUCCCAACAAGACCAUCGGACCUGAGAUGAAGGUGGUGAUCCCUCCCAUCCCGACGCAGAACAGCUUCAGCAGGUCGUCGCCGAAAGACAGCAGCUGUCAAAUCCAGUUCCCACAAGUGCGGUUCGACCCCUUCUCUCCGGCCCCCGGCACUGAGGCGCAGGACUUCACCGACUCGGAUUCGGACUGGGAGAACGAGGCCAUGGCGGGCUUUAAUGGUUUCAUGUGAUUUGCGAGUGGAAAAUAUUUCUCUAUUUAUUGUAAAAAUUGUGAAUAACUAUCAAG